AUCCGCACGUCGUUGCUGAAACCUUGAGUUCGAUGAGGACUCCCGGGCGGUGGUCUACAUGUCCACGCGGACGGCUUGCGAAGACGUCCGGCUGGUCUUCAACGUGAACGGCGUGCGGUUCGAGGCGUGGAAGAGCGUGCUGGAGCGGCACCCCCGAGACCCCUGCUGGGCGGGGACGAGAAGGAGGAGGUUCUACAACAUCUUCACGGGGGAGUACAUGUUCGAGGAUCAGGAUCCCGACCUGUUCAGGUACAUCCUGAGUUACUACAGGACCAACAAGCUGCACUUCCCCCCUACCGGCUGUGUCAGGAGUUACAACCAGCAGCUGUCGUUCUUCGGCAUCAUGCCGGAGUUGAUCGACGACUGCUGCUACGAACACUGGCGCGUGAAGAACGCCAAGGAGGUGACCCGGUCCAAGAUCAGGAGACCGGCGGAGUUGGCCCUGAACGGCGUUCUGGACACCAAAACGUGUCGGAUGAAGAUGAGCGACCUGCUGCAAGUCGCUGUGCGGAACCAGACGGCGACCGACGUGCUGAGGUACCUGGGCUGCUACUUCGUUCUGUCGGCGGUGAUUUGUACGAUUGUAGAGUCUCUAAAGGCUACGGAGAACAAACGGUUCCGGGAAAUGUACCACUGGAUUUUUGACGUGGUUGAUCCCUUCUUCACGGCGGUGUUCUCGGCGGAGUACCUUCUGAGGAUGUUACUGGCACAGAGCUCCCUCCAGUUUGUACGGAGUGUCACCGGGGUCAUUGACCUUUUUGUCAUCCUGUCCUACGUGUUGAAUUUCCUUCGGGGCGUGAACAGCACUGUGAGAUCCAUCCUGUCCCUGACUCGCAUUUUCCGCACCCUCAAGAUCCUGCAGUACGCGAAGGUGUCGCACGGCGUCCGCUGCUUGUACCACACGCUGAGCACCCUGGCCGGGGAGCUGGUGUACCUGAUGUUCGGCAUCGCCCUGGUCAGCGUCACCUUCGCGACGAUAUUUUACUACUUCGAAAAGCAGGUCCCCAACACGAGCUACAGCAGCAUCCCGUCGUCCUUCUGGUUCACCAUCGUGACGAUGACGACGCUGGGGUACGGGGACCUGAUCCCCAUGACGCCGCAGGGGAAGCUGCUGGCCGGCGUGUGCGCGCUGGCGGGAGUCAUCCUCAUGAGCGUGCCGGUCACCAUCAUCGUCACCACGUUCAACAGGUGCUACAGAUCCGCGGCCUGGAGGGGGGGCGGGGCCGACGCGGACGGCGACGACAAGUCACAGACUGAGGCGAUCGAGCCGUUCAGUGUGUCCAUGCCCAAGAGAAUACCGGAUUCCGCGCGUUGA